UCUGAAACUCAACUUCUUUACUAGAAAUUUGCCCUCCCAGGUCGGGCUUACCCAAAAAUGGUGUCGCUUACGUCAGGCGGCGAAGAAUGACUCUUACACUGUGCCAUCCCAUGCGCCAGAAUCGAGCGUCAAAGUGGUCUGUCACGAUCUACCUUGUCCUCGCAGGAGGCGCUGUGAGCCUGUCUUGGAGUUGCAGAGUCCUUUGUACCCAUGCGCGCCUCUUUAAUCUUCCGUCGCGGUCAGAUCCCCCGCACGACGCGAAGUCCGUCGUGAACUCCGACGUUCCCAGGCCGGCGGUAAACAAGGUGCGCCUUGUGCAACUGCAAUGUUCCUCUGUCCUGGAGCCGCGGCUGAAGCGAUACUUGUCCCCUGCAUCGGCGCUUCGCUUCGCUUGGCUUGGGUGCACCCUUGUCCCUCCCCCCCUCCCCCCUCCGGCCUCUAUGGUUGCGACGUCAGCCCCUAUGCCAAGGGGCGGCCUCAUAGUCGCGAGGCCAGGACAGAAAAUUCAGCUCCUCAUGCUCUACCAUCCCACCACUUAGCAGCCGUACUGACCCCAGAUGCCGGUGCCCCACAGCCUCGAGCUGCUAGAUGACGAGAUGGCUGGAUCUACAAGUAACAGCCUAGAGCUAGAGACACUCACUGCCGACUUCGAUCGCUUUUGCGUCACCCUGUCCCACUCACUUUGGUCAGCCUUUUCGUCGACCAUGUCUACGAUUACUUCUACCUUGGGCGGUAAUCCCAUACUCAAAGGCAUACACGCCGUCGAGCCCUCUCGCUCUCGAUCCUUUUCUGUCGCAGGCGGCGAGUGCACUUGCAACGACCUUCCACCUCCCAACGAGAAGCGUCAAACUGUGAU